CUCCUCCCUCCCCAGACUUUAGACUUGUUCCUUCAGCUCAUCACCUCCAACCCCAAGACCAGGAGGACUUUGUUCGUUCUCCUCCAGUUCUACUUCCCCAAAUCAAAUCAAAUUCCAACACACGAGAGCUCCUUCUAGAAGCAUAGUACGUAUCUUUGCUGCAAGACAAAGAAGCGGCACAUGCGACAAGAUUAAGGAACAAGCGAGGCUAAUUUUAAAGGUGCACGUUCCGGUUCAGAUUAUCAGUGGGGUCGCUGAGCGAAGCCCAAAAGGCUCACCGUAAAGCAAGGAGCAAAGAUAGGGUAGCGUACAUGGGUUGUGGGGCGUCGAAAUGGAGGGGUCCCGGUGUUGUGCGCCGGGGGAGGCCAAGAAGUGUCGGGGAGGUGGUCGUCUUCCUCCCGGGGCUCCGGGUACCUAGGACCGUAGACUUCUCGCAGUCUCUCGGUGAUCACCUCGACAAGAGCACGGUGGAGAGGCUGUCUUCUCUAAGAGCAACGGUCAUGACAAUGGCAAUGCAGGAAUCGGCCAUGGCCCUGAAGCCGAGGCGAAGGGCGACGCGGCACGGAGGGUCUGGCACUGCUAAUCUUCUCCAGGCUUUGGAAGACUACCUGCCAGUUCUGCUAGGACUGGUGAAAGAAAGUGAGUUUUGUUUGAGAAACAAAGUGCAGUUUGUUUGGGCUAACCAAGAGGACGAUGCUGAGGAGACAUCCAUGGCUGAUGCUUGGUAUGAGGUGCUGUCUGUGCUGCACCUCAUGGCCAUGGUGUGCUUCCUGCAGGCCAACUCCCUGCUUCUGCCGAGGUCAUACGGCGAGGGCCAUGGGCCAAGGGUCUCUGAAGAGAGCAGGCGAGCCACUGUUGAUGUUUUCUUGAAAGCCGGUGGGUACUUGGAUUGUGCAAUUAAUCAAGUACUUCCGCAGAUACCGCCUGAAAAAAGAAGGGCACUCCCGGUAGAUCUAGUUGAGGGAAAUCUAAAAGCUCUUAGCUUGCAAGGACUUGGCCAGGGAGUUGAUAUGCAACUUGGAUUGGCAAUUGAUAAUCCAAAGGCCACUUUAGCAGUCAAACGGCGUUUAGCUUGCGAGAUGGUCAAAUAUUGGCAGCAGAUUAAGGAUAGCAUACCAGAGCUUCCUUUGUCGGAUGGAUGGGCGAAAAAGCACACACUAUUUGUUAAGUGGAAGUAUGCUGAAGCAAAGGCUGCUGCAUACUACUUCCAUGGGUUGAUUCUUGAUGAGGGAAACACCGAGAAAUCACAGGAGAUGGCAACAUCAUCCCUACAAGCGUCAGAGGAGUUUCUGAAAGAGAGCAAAAGAGCCUCUGAGGUCUUCCAUUCGACUCCUCCGACAUCAAGGAUCUCAACUCCUUUCGGAACAACCAAACAUCUCUUGGAUAUGAUCCCAAAAGAGACAUUAAGCAAGCUACAGAAUAACCAGGACCUUAACACCCAAGAAAGAACAUCGAAUACCGGAGUCAGCCGGAUCAUCACACCGCCGCCUCCAUUGCCAGAUUUCCCUUUGGCCCUAAAUCCUGAGGAAUAUGAGCUUCCCCAAUUAGGCCCGCUGUUGAAGAAGGAAGCUAACCACUAAUAAAGUUUCGUUACCAAGCUCAGGCAAGAACGAAGGCCUUCUUCUAAAAGGGAUCACUCCUCCGCAGCUGAAAAAGAACACAAAUUCUGCAACACUUUAGAGGACAAUAGUGAGAAACGAAGUCUAUUACGCCGAAUGUUAGAAAGAAAAACAAUUUUAUUAAUGUCGACCAGUUAAAAUGAAUUACCCAGCAAGGUCCAAGGAUCUGAAGAGCAUUGUACAGACGGAUCUUUUCUUGUGAAUUACACAAAUGCUUUUGUUGACAGAUUUCUAGCCACCAACUUUGCUAGAAAAGUAUAAAGUAAGCAUUCAGUAUAUCCUCUCAUCCGGUGCUGCUCAUUAAAAUCACAGGAUGGAUUUCAGUCCAUUCUGUGAACUUUUGUGAUCCUUUUUUUUGUGCCAAAAAGUACCAAAAGGGGACCCACAACUUGUUUAACUUCAAGAGAUUUUUUUUUUUUUGCGGAGAACCUCAAGAGAAAUUAUAUGUAGUACAUAAUGUACAUAUUACAUGACGCAUAGUUGGAUAAAAACAACAUUAUCGCAGUACAUAUUUUGAAACAUGGUGCUUCCACAAUUGAACUUUAACAGAUACCAAGAGUGGU